AUGUCCUACUUGCAAUGUACUCCAGCAGUGAUACAGUUACCAUGCGCAGGUGGUACAACAACACAUGUCCUUGAAGCAAUUGGUACCGAACGAUUAGCAUUUAAGGUGAAAUUGAAGCAAAAAUACUACGAUUUGUAUAGGGUAUCACCACCGCUUGGUUUUGUAAAACCGGGUGUUAAGAAGGAGCUGUUUUUACGACGAUUACCUGGAAAUCCAGGAAGAACAAAAUUAGUGGUGGAGUAUAUAGCAUCGCCAGAUGGUUAUGAUCCAAGGAAACCGUUUGUUGAAGGAGCUGAAGUUGGCAAAAUAGAUUUACGCGUAAUAGCAUACAGUGAUAAAAAACUACCAGAUGAUAAGCCAAGUGUUAUGGGUAAAGUGGUAACAAAAAAAGGACAAAAAUUCAUUCCGCCAGUUGGUUACGAUGAUCUUAAAUUGGAAACAGAAAUUGACGAAUUGUUUAAAGAUGAAAAUAAAGCGGUAACAACAGCACAAAUAUUAGCGAAGGAAAAGGAAGGAAAAGGAAAAGUUAAAAAGGAAGCAAAAGGAAAAGUUGGAAAAGAAGGAAAGAAAAAAAAAGACGAAAGUUCUAGUACAAGUGAUGAGAAUGCUCCAAUUCAAGUGGUUCUACCAAAUUUGUGGAAAGAUUUGGAUAUUAAUAAAGCUCAAAAUAAUAAUGAUCAAUUGAAGGCGAUAUUGGAUGUGAUAAUGAAUGAAAAUAGACGAAUGGAAGAAAUUAUUAAGCAUAUGAUGCAAGAAAUUACAUUCCUUCGUGAAUCACUUCUCUCAACUGUAAUGAAAUUAGCAACACUAUCAUUAGCAAAUAAAGAAGCGGCAGCGGCAACGUUAUCAGGUAGUGGUCAACCAACAUCAACCGCUUCUACUAUGACAGGAAAAAGUGUUGGUGUUGGUAGCGAUGCUAGGAUCACUAGUGAAAUUAAAACUACUAUUCCUACCGGUGUUAGUCAUAUAACAAGUCCUGUUGCUGUGGGUUCUAGUACUACUACCGGUGUUAGUCAUAAAACAAGUUCUGUUGCUGAGGGUUCUGGUGCUACUACCGGUGUUAGUCAUAAAACAAGUUCUGUUGCUGAGGGUUCUGGUGCUACUACCGGUGUUAGUCCUAUUACAAGUCCUGUUGCUGGCGGUUCUGGUGCUACUACCGGUGUUAGCCGUACUACAAGUCCUGUUGCCAGCACUGCUAAUGGUGUCAAAAGUGCAAUUGGAGUUGGUGAGGGUGGUGCAUUAAGUCACACCGGUGCUGGUGUUGAAGUUGAAAACUACUUAUCAGCCAUGUUAGCUGAAGGUGGACCCGGAGGUAAAGCUAAAGGGAGUGAUGAUGGUUCUCCGGCUGUUGGUGGUGGAACAAAGGAAUUUUCACUCUAUCUGGGUGGUGCUGCUGGUGGUAGGGAUGUAGGCAGUGCAUAUUUUACCGCUUCCAGUGCUGCUAAAGCUAAAAAAGAUCUUGCCUUCGCCUUUGGAAGCACCGCUGAUCAACUUGGUGGUAGCGGUCAUCCUUAUAGUCCAAGUGGUAGUAGUGGCGGUUCUGGUGGUGGCGGUGGCCAUGGUGCUUCAUCAGUUUAUCUUUGA